AUGCAUCCUGGUAUACGAAAACCAAGUAAUCUUUUCAUGCCAGGGUUGGCCGGACCCGGCAGAACGAUUGCCCGCAACUCCUCCUAUAUGAGAAAUGCCACUUCUAUAUCAAGCACUUUCAGCAGCCUCACUUCGACAGCGAAGCAGAUUUCAGCCAUGGUCAACGAAGACCUGCCAAUAUAUUCGUCUCGGGACCUCUCCCCGCUCUACGAAGCGUUCACAAUGGAAGAUGACGAGAAUGGCAAUGAAGUAUUCGUAUAUUCAUCCUUCGGCUACAUAACCGAUGAGUGGGUAGUCUACUUCGGUCAAUCCGAUGUUCGAAAACGCGAUUUGACACUGGAUAUUAUAAGAGAAAGUCUUAAACGUCUCCCGGAUGAGGAUGUGUAUCCUGAAGCUCCUUCAAACAUCACAGUAUUCUCACUUCCGAUCGAUGAAACCUUCUACCUUAAGAAGCCAAAACUAGGCUUAGCCUUCGUAGGUACAGGCCUAUUACCAAAACUUGUGCUAUACGAAGCCCAAACAAUGGAGCUUCUUCUACGUAACCCACACCCACACAUCAUUAGGUAUCAUGGCUGUUUGAUCGAACGUGGUCGUAUCGUUAGCCUUGUCCUGGACCGCCUUCCGGAUACGCUCUACUAUCGACUAGAAAAGCCCAGCCCUAAGGCGAAACCCUUUGACGUUAAGAACUGCAUGCGUAAAAUUGAAUCUGCGGUCUGCCACCUUCAUAAACUUGGACUAGCACACAACGACCUCACGCCAAUGAAUGUGAUGAUCGACAAUAGCGAUGACCCCGUUCUCAUCGACUACGGCUCAUGCCAGCCAUUCGGGAAUGAGCUUAUCACAGCGGGCACGAUUGGAUGGAUUGACGAAGAGUUCACAACUUCAGCGCAAGAACACGAUCACAUUGCGUUGGAAAAGAUACGAACGUGGAUGGAGAAGCUAGCAAGUCCUGCCCAUGACGAGAGGACUGGGUAGAGACAGUAAUCUCGUGUCUUUUGUGUCGGUUCUCAAAGAAACCUCCUUCGACCAUCUCAUGUAUUGUUCGCCGAGGAUGACGGGCUGUAUGAGGGGUUCGUCGGUGGUACGUAGGUAUCCGAAGUCUUGCAAUCUGUGCGUCUGCAGUCGUCCUUCUGUCUAAGUCUUUGUGUUCGAUACCCGCCAGGAACUCUAGCAUCUGGUGUGACCGUAACCACAGUGUGAAAGAU